CCCGCAAUCCCCAAUCUCACGUGAGAUUUUUCAAAAUGUGGGUUGCUACACGUAAACGCUUAAGUAGAGCGUCGAAGUAUGAAUAAAAUUAUUUUCGUUGGAACAAAUUAGUGAAGAUUAAGCAUGUACAAUCUCGAUGAACAAUCUGCAUAUAUAUCAGAAAAAAAAAUUGCGUGAUAUUUGUCGAAACCCUCCAACCCCCCUCACUCUCUCCAAUGUAAGAUUAGAUGAGAUUUGACUCGACCCUCUCUAUCCCUCAAACCUUACGUAAUUUAUGGACGUCCCCUCAUUAGGUACCUAACACUACAAUUUUCUAGGUGACAAGUAGUUAUCUCCCAUAUUUAUACUAUAAAUUUUAUAGUCAGCUUAAUAAUGUCCACAUUACGAGCUGGACCCAAUGUAAAGUUGGCGAAGAUUUUCUACAAAUAUGAGGACCGAGAGAAGAAGACAGAGGAACAAGUUGUUCAGAAAGAAGUAGUUAAAAAUGAAGAAAUUGAAAUCGAGCGGGAACCAGUCGAAUCCUAUCCACCAUACAAUUUCUCGUGGUUUGUCGAAGGCAAGGUUGCUGGGAUGGGUUGGCCACAAACAGCUGCCAAUCUGAACUACCUAGCAGACGUUGGAAUUAACCAUAUAAUAACUCUGUCCCCGGAAAGAAUACCACCUCUGAUGCAUUGUGACAAGAAAAUGAAAUGGACGGAAAUCAAAAUCAAGGAGUUUUCAGCGCCGACUUUGAAACAAAUUAUUAAAUUCAUUGAAAUAUGCAAGAGGGCUGAAAUGAUGGGAGAGGUUAUAGCUGUACACUGCCGACACGGUCGUGGACGCACCGGCACUAUGCUUGCUUGCUACUUAGUCUUCUUCCAAAACAUGGCACCUGAACGAGCUGUCCUUACAACUAGGUUGAGAAGACCAGGUUCAUGCGAAACAUACGAACAAGAGAAAAUUGUCUGCUAUUACCAUGACUGCCUCCGCGGUACAGUGACUAAGCCGGACUAUCGCUUGGUGGAUGAUAAACUAUAUUUUGAUUAUACUAUGAAAUACACAUAUGAUCACUCGGAUGAAGAAUCAGACGACACCCAAGAAGAAGUAGACGAGAAAAAAACAUUGAAGGAAAGAGUUCAUGAGGCCAUUUUAAAGGCAAAACCAAAAACUGCUGCAAUGGUUAUUAAUCAUAAAAUUUAUUUUUAAUUAUAGUUCCAAUCUUUGAUUACUGAUAUAAUUUGUUAUAAUCUGUGGUUAUUGUAAUAAAAAUAUCUUUGUUUUAUUUGUUAUAAAGGGUUUGUAGAUAAAUUUUCGGUUCUUGCGAGUAAUAAAUACACCAAGAAUAC